CUGUUGCAUUGCACCUGCUCUUCCCUAAAACCCAGGCAGCCAUAGUAGCCUGCCUGCUGUCAGCCCUUCCACCUCGCUUCUUGAGCAAAUCUCUGUCUGCAUGAAUUUCAUACCCGCAGAGACGAUCGUGAGAGACUCUGUCUACCAACAAUAUCCUCUCUACCAGAUAUUACGACGACUCAGGGACAUAUCACUCUACACUCUGCACUCGACUUUCGUACUCGUACUAACUCAUGUGCGGCAUAUGGACACCUACAUGCGUAUCCUCCAUACCUCCACAAAGCUCCUCCCUCCACAGCUCCUCUAAAUAGAGCAUGCCAGCGUCCUUUCCUGCUCGAACCGGAAUGAAAUUCGACAGUCUGCGACCUUCGUUGAGUCUGUACCAAUAACCAAAAGAAAUUGAACGUCCUUGAGACGACACUGCCUCGCCCUCCUCAUGUGGACCAAUAGAGGCCGGCCAAAGAGCGCUUGUACUAGCUGCAAAACCCAGAAGAUACGCUGUUCAGGCGAUCGACCGGUUUGUUACAGAUGUGCAAGAUUGAGAAGAAACUGUGAAUACACGCCAACAGCUGCGGCGCGGUCGUUGCGCUUCGUUUCGUCUUCAGGCAAAGCGAAUAAAUCUACACCAGUUGCAGUCAAUGACGAUGUCCCGGAAAGCAAAUCCACAACCUACAGCGAUGCAGAACAGCCACUUUUAAAUCCACAUCCUCCCAUAACACCACCAGCAAGACCUCCUAUACACAAAGACACUCAGUAUCUUGGCAUAUCAGAAUCUCUGGUCUAUACUUUGGUGGAUGUCUACUUUGAGAAUGCUUACAAUGCGAACCUCCUUCUGAAUAAAGGUCGCUUCCUCGAAUCCCUCGUCGCAGGCACUGUUGCAGACCAUCUCAUCUUGAGUCUCUGUGCCUACGCAGCCAAUUUCUACCGUGACCGAAAUGGCGAAGCACCUCUACGAGACCACGGCUUUAUGAUUGAAUGGGCUAAGCGUGCCGGCUCUCUUGUUUUCCGGGACGCCGAAUCGCUGUGUGGAGAGAAUAUUGUGACCUUCUGCAUUUUGGCUACCUUUUGGUAUGCCCAGGGCUCCUGGCGACUGUCUUAUCUACAUAAAGCCAAUGCAUGCAACCUUCUUCAAGUUGCAGGUAUCUCCUUCGUCAAACAUCAUGCUCAAGAUUCCCUCGAAUCGGAGAUUCAACGGCGACGUCUUUGGUCAUGUUACUUUAUGCACUGUGCCCUCAUGGAAAAUCCUGCUUCUUUUGAGCCUAUAGCCAAUCUUUCAGAGUUGCCCCUGCCCUCGGCUGAUCCUGACUUUGAGGCUGGCUUUGUUCGCGGGCCUUUCGCCACUUUCGAGAAUGGCAGAUCUGGCGCGUCGAUUCUUGCUGAGUUGAUUCGAGGUUUCAGAUUAUGGGGCAAGGUCUUUGCACUGGUCAAGCUUCCAGAGGCCAGUGUCGCCGAUAGAUUCACCAAGAUUUAUAGUCUCGAUGACUCCUUGGUGGCCUGGUGGUCGGCAUUGAAACCUGACUACAGAUUAACUCCAGCAACAUUGCCCAGCGUGCCAUCACAUCAGCUACCUGGCGCACUCUUGAUGAACAUAACAUACCACCAGUCCAUGUGUGCGUUGCAUGCCUCCGUCGUGCCACUCUUUUCGUGGACCCCAUCGGAGAAUAACUGGGCCUCCGCGAGACAGGCCUCGGCCCAAAAGACGUAUGAGCAUGCCGUUGCGAUCUCAGACUUGAUCGCCGCCACUCUCGACGCUCAUCCCAAGCUCGCCAUGACGCAUAGCUUUAUAGCAUAUGCUGCGUACAGCGGAUGUGCAGUGCAGAUUCCCUUCACAUGGAGUUCGAAUCCGGUCAUCAAGAAACGCGCAACCACAAAUGUGAGUCAGAACAUGAGGAUGAUUCACUUGAUGACUCCAUACUGGAAAUUUGCUGCUCUACUCGAAAGGCAGUUGGGCUGUCUAUUCCGCAUUCACGAGAAAUUCUCGGUUGACCUAGAGGAUGAACCAAGAAACGUUGACAUCAGAAAGUUGAUUGGCUUCAAGAUCAAUGCUGUCGAUGCGCGCAAGUCUAUUUUAGGAUUCACUGAUAUCCUGCGAUCCAGAGAUCACGGCUAUGUAAACUCGGGGGAAGAGAAUAAUGAUCCCACAAUUCAAGAUCAGCCCGAUGAAGAUGUGCAACAACAGAUUCCAGACAAUACAUCUAUCGACCACGAAGCUCCAAAUACAGAUGUAACCAGAGUUAGGGACAUGGAUGGACGGGAAAGAAACUUGUCACUAGACUCUAUCCUUUUACAUCCAGCCGAAUCCAUGCCUCCUCUCAACUCGAAUGAAUGCGGUCCCGAUCAUCAACCACAAGCACAGGCUCCACCUUCGAGCUAUACGGAUCAACCAAGCCUAUCUGGAAUGGAACAGCAGUCAUAUGAUGUAUGGCCGCCAUUUUUCCAUCCAACCAUGCUGGAUGUUCUCCCUGAUAGUGAGAUGUUGAAUCUUCCGCAAGUCGACUUGAGUUCAGUUGAUCUAGACUAUCUCGAGCCAGAGAACUGGUUCCUGUCUACAAAUUCAAUUCCUUGAGAUCUAGUCAGAAGGAAGGCGGUCAAGUGAAUUGAAUUUUGUUUGGUGUUCAUCGAUAGGGUAG